CUACUGCUGCUACUCCUGUAUAACUGCAUAUGGUGGGCGUCAGGAGGGAUUCUCCGGGCCAUGGUCAGUUUCGCAUUUCGCGUGGGAGUCGAGGCUUGUUCGGGUUAUGUGUGGGAAUGGAUUAGGGCCAUGACCUACACACCGCUGCUUGGGUUGGACGGUGCUUGGUACUGUACAGAAAUUUUGCUCUUCCUCUCUUGAACAGACAAACAGGUAAAUGGAGAGGAGAAAACAACAAGACGAAUUCAUCGAGUGCCUCAGAAACAGUCAUUUCUCAACCUCCACAACCAUGGCCGAUGAAAGUGACCAAGAUGUCGAGGUCAUCAACCGCUACAAAGCCAACGUCUCCGGCUUCACGAUCGAGCAGAUCUCGAAGAGUCUGCUUGCCAACUACUGGCCCGAGGAACAAAUACGGUACUGGCACGCCCUUUUCGUCCAGUUACUGCGAAUGACGGCUAUAGCGACGAAGCUCCCGGAAAGCGUUUCAACCUGGGAUUUUCACAUGACCACCAUCACCGCCCUGUUUGGAAAGACUCCUUGCUGUAUGAGAUGGGCUGACUUAGGAUUCACGGACUAUGCCGUGCAGUUCGAGAGUGCCCUGCAUUAUGGGGACAUCCACCGUAACCGGCCUGUCCCCGUUGCUGACGACAUGGGAAGGAUCGGGAGCGUUUGCAACUCGGGGGAUAAAGAUAACUCUCAAGUCGUUGCUCGCGUCGACAUCGACGCUGUCGGGAGCGGCUCUUAUGGCGAAGCCCCCUCGGGGAGCGGUCGCAACAAAGACGAAGAAACGGCCACCAACAUCGAAGGGUCCUGCUAUUGGCCCCAAGUUGCUCAGCAGCUCAAGAGCCUCUAUGAUGACGACUGGGAGAAUGUGAAAAUGGAUUGCCCGGUUUGCUGGCGCCCUCUUGCCAUCACGGGAGAAUUCCACGACCAGGGCCGCGUUACCCGAGAAGCCGUGGCCCGGGCUGCCCAGAUACACGCCUGCCCCGAUGCACAACAUGAGGUCGGUAUCAUCCUGCCCUGCCAGCACAUCAUGGGCCUUCGUUGCUUUCUUGACAUGAUCAAUACCCCGACUCCCGAGGCAGAUGCCAAUUUCGACACGGAAUGGAACGAGGCCGUUGAUAGUGACACCGAAAUGAAUUCUGGGGAGCACGAAGACGGCAGUCGAGAGGCUGAAGAGGGACGAGUUGAUGACAUCAAUGAAGGCGAUGGCAGUCAAGAGACUGAAGAAGGACGAGUCGAGAACAACAAUGAUAACAAUAACGGCGAUGAUGAUGAGGAAGAUGACGACGGUGAUGACGACAAUCAGGAUCAAGAGGGCGGCGAUAACAACGGGGCCACCACUGAACACAUCGGCGCUCAGUGGAAGUGUCCCUUUUGCCGUUUUGUGUCAAAGCACGAUGACGAAAAGGGCUACGGCGACGAGGUGCCGAUCCCGAAGAACGCGGCUGCUCUUCAUGCCCUCCAGGCGGCGAUGACUUCCGAACGUGAGGGCGCUGCCGGCGAAGCCGAGGUGGAGACACAGACGGACAGUGGACAUCAAUCUCGUCAAUCUCAUCACAUGCAGUGUCUUCACCCUCGCUGCGACCACUGUCGCUGGAACAAACUGACCAGUUGGGUCACUGAGCUGCGUUUCAUCAUAUCUCUUCGCGAAGUGACCCGAGGCAUGGGCAACCACGAAACGGCGCGUGAGUCCCAACUCGGUGAAUGGGGACUAAGGGGUCGGAAUGGGGCCCAUGGAGGUAAACAGCAGCAACCGCGACGUCUUCUAGUGGGUACUAAGCUCGACUUUUACGAGCGCGCAAGCUACACUUCUCAUGAAGAGUUCUUCGCUUGGGUGAAAAGCAUGGUCCGGGCUUACAUGGAGCUUAUGGGUUUGCUGAUGAAGCGGGAGGGGAGUCACACGGCGAGGACUUGGGCUUCGGUCAAGCUGCCUUCACUGGAUGAGGUUCCUAUUAUUCGGGAUGUGUUGGGUGCUUUCCCUCCCAGCAAGAACAAUUCUUCCGAGACGAAUGUCGGGGAGAGAAGGACCUAUGAAGACCGUACACGACGUGCGGUUGUACGGAUUCUGACGAGGAGUAGGCUGAGUGGCUGUAGGGGUAAUGACAUCUAGCCAUGGGCUCGUUCUUCCAUAGGUGAUAUAUAGUAUACGAGGGAUCCCGAUCUCAGAGGGCAGAUGUCUAGCGUCCUGAUAGGGAUGAAUCUAAGCUCAGAAAGUAAAUUCUUUGCAGAACUGUAAACUGAUUUCAGAGAACUCAGGUCAGAAUACACAAAAGAAUCAAACUGACUAGAUCGGUUCAUAGAAGCAUGGUUCAGUUUCCUUCCCCAA